GGAACCGUUCUGCACUUCAUGACUUUUUCUGCUCUUAUGACCCACUUGAAAGUGCUGACCCACAGUUGACAACCAGAACAGGACCUACGCCAAAAGUGUCCGCACUUGUCCAACAUACACUUCCAGACAUCUACUGUAUCCCGACGGCAAAACAAAGAGCAAAACGAUCCAAAUCAGAACCUUCUUUCGUAUGGAACCUUCUAGGAGCUGCGCCAUUUCUGCAAGACCCACAGGAAAUGAAUAUAUAAACUCGUCGUUCUGCUCGACAAACUCAACCUCCUUCUUAUUCCUUUCUCCUCAUCACCAUCACCACCUUCACCACCGUCACUACCUUCACUGCCUUCACUACCUUCACCCACCUUCACCCACCUUCACCCGCCUUCACCCACCUUCACCCACCUUCACUACCUUCACCCACCUUCACCCACCUUCACCCGCCUUCACCCACCUUCACCCACCUUCACUACCUUCACCCACCUUCACCCACCUUCACCCGCCUUCACCCACCUUCACCCGCCUUCACCCACCUUCACCCACCCUCAUCACCCUCAUCACCUCCGCGUGUUCCAUCUCGCUGUGCUUUGUGCCUGCAGAUGUUGUGUCUCGACGCUUUCAGAGCUGAUAGUCAACCCCCGCCUCGGGUCUCCUUACUACACCACCUACCAUUUGCAGGCUCCCCGUGGACUUGAAGACGACCCGACUGGCAAGUGUCUCUGUACUAGCGGGUAAAGGUGAUCCUGCGAGCGAAGCCGUCCGAGGCCAUCCACAGUCCGGACAUGCCAUCUGGGAGGCUCGUGAAGCCUGCAGAUGGACCCCACCUGACAAGUGCCUCUGUGCCAGCA